GAGCGCCCUCAAAGUGCAGGCGUUAGUUUAAUUUGAGGAUGGAGCCCGCGGAGGUGUUGGUGUUCGCCUCGGUGCUGGUCAUCAUCGUGGUGUCGCUGCUGUCCAACGUCCUGGUGCUGAUCUGCUUCGUGUACAGCCCCGAGAUUCGCAAGCAGGCUCCGGGGCUCUUCAACCUCAACCUGACCUUCUGCAACCUGUUGCUCACGGUGGCCAACAUGCCGCUGACGCUGGCCGCCCUGGCGAGCCGCGCUCAGCCGGGCGGCGACGCCUUAUGCCAGGCGGCCGGCUUCCUGGAGACCUUCCUGUCCACCAACUCCAUGCUGAGCAUGGCGGCGCUCAGCAUUGACCGCUGGGUCGCGGUGGUCUUCCCGCUGCGCUACCACUCCAAGAUGCGCCACCGGGACGCCGCCUUGGUGCUGGGCUACACCUGGGCGCACUCCAUCGGCUUCUCCAUGGCCGCCACCUGCCUGUCGUGGCUGGGCUACCACCGCCUGUACGCCGCCUGCACCCUGGCGGCGCCGAGGGACCGGGCGAGCGGCCGGACGCAGUUCGUGGUCUUCACGGUCCUCUUCCACUCGUUCACCUUCCUGCUGUCGUUCGUCGUGCUGUGCGUCACUUACCUCAAAGUGCUCAAAGUGGCCCGCUUCCACUGCAGGAGGAUAGACGUCAUCACCAUGCAAACCCUCGUGCUGCUGGUCGACAUCCACCCAAGUGUUCGACAGCGCUGCCUGGAGGAGCAGAGGCGGCGGCGGCAACGAGCCACCAGGAAGAUCAGCACCUUCAUCGGCACCUUCAUGCUCUGCUUCGCUCCCUACGUCAUCACGAGGAUCGUGGAGUUGUUCCCGGCGGUGCCCAUCAGCCCCCACUGGGGUACGGUGUCCAAGUGCUUGGCGUACAGCAAGGCGGCGUGCGACCCCUUCGUGUACUCGCUGCUGCGCCACCAGUACCGCAAGACGUGCGGCGACAUCGUGGACCGGCUGCUCAAACGCAGCCGCUCCUUGAACGAGUCGGGGCGGGGCCUCGGGGGCCGAGGCGGCGCUUUGCCCAGGGCGGAGUGA